AAGCCUGGCACAAAAAGAUGGUGCUUUACUAGGAAUUAGUCGCUACUCUAGAAUGGACAAACCUACGUUACCUGCAACAAAUGUAUCGCUCAAUUUGCUCGAAUACCAGAUCAUGGAACAAAACAUUUCCAUCAUUCAGGAAUUCUACCGGACUUUGGUCAUAGCUGUUGGGACGUUUCUGAAUUGCAUCGUCAUCUUAGUAGUGAGCAGUUCCAGACAGUUACGAUAUCCACGUCACAUCUUCUGGGUUGCCAUUUCGUUCUUCGAGUGUCUCUUCUUGCUUGAAUGCGCACUGGAAUUGACUGUAGCUCUUAAUCAGGACCAACAAUUGUGUCAAGUUUUAGUUUUACUUUAUCCGAUGGAUUACUCAAUCCUCCUGCAGUGUCUGCUGUUGGCAGCUAUAGAUCGUUACGUGUCUAUAAUUCGUUACGAAUGGUACAAGAAAACUGUCACAAUUCCAAUGGUGGUGACGAUUAUUUCUGUGAUGGCUAUUUUAACAUUUGGCAUUUUUACCAGUCCGUUCUGGAUGGGCUAUCGAUCCAUUUACGCCUGCACCAUCAAUUUGAGUCAUUUGAAUACGGUGCUUUCCUGGGACUUGUUUGUGGGUUUGAUUUGUGUCAUUCUCCACGUUUUAAUCUUCGUGGAAUCAAGGGCCGUCAUUCAACAAUAUCUGCCAAGUUAUCGCCAGCCUUCUGUCACAGUCAGAUUUGUUAAUUCUUCUGUUCGGCCUUCAAACUUCAAUUCCGUGACGGGCAUGGAUGCAUUAUCAACACAACCAGUUACCUUUAUAAAUCCGGAGAUUCCUAGCACAACACAAAAUGCAACACAACACCUCAACGAAAACGCUCAAUCGUCAUCGACUACUGACCACCAGGUCAAUUUUCGACAAAUUUAUUGGAAACAGGCGGCCUCAAAAGUGAAUCGAUUGGAAGUCCAGGCAGCUUUCAGCUUGUCCGUCAACAUCCUACCAUUUUGGCUAUGCACAUUUCCCUUGUCUUGCGUUUCUAUUACCACCAUUUGGUGCACCAUACUCGGUGGGAACUGUGGUACUUUUCUUCUUAUGUGGACUUACAUGUGGGAUAUAUUCAUGCUCCAUAGUAUCUACAAUCCACUUGUGUACAUGAUUACUUGUCACGAAUUCCAUCGGGCGCUUUAUCACAUCAUCCGAAAAUUGGCUAAAAAAUUUAAUAUGCAGAUAGGAAAGAAUUAAACAGAAGUCGUUCUACUGCUAA